CCUGCUGGAGUUUGGACUGACACAGACUGCAGCUCCUGUGUGUGUGCCCAGCGGCAACCUGUUGCCCUCCCCACUGACUGUGAAACUUUGGACCGUCUUCUCUACACACACGAAGGGAUGGACUAUUAAGGCGACUUUUAAGAGGCCCUCCACAGCGAUUUAAAAAAGCGAGCAGUCUAAAGCAGCGCCACCCUCGCACCACCCACAGCCUCAACACAAGCACCAGCCAUGGGCAAACAGAACAGCAAGCUCCGUCCUGACGUCAUGCAGGACCUGGUGGAGAACACCGACUUCACCGAGCACGAGAUCACUGAGUGGUACAAGGGCUUUUUACGGGACUGCCCCAGCGGCGCGCUCUCCAUGGAGGAGUUCAAGAAGAUCUACGCCAACUUCUUCCCUUACGGAGACGCCUCCAAGUUUGCUGAACACGUUUUCCGCACAUUCGAUGCCAACGGGGACGGGACUAUAGACUUCAGAGAGUUCAUCAUCGCCCUCAGUGUGACCUCCCGUGGCCGUCUGGACCAGAAGCUGAAGUGGGCCUUCAGUAUGUACGACCUCGACGGCAACGGCUACAUUAGCAAGGCAGAGAUGCUGGAGAUUGUAACGGCCAUCUACAAAAUGGUGUCCUCUGUGAUGAAGAUGCCUGAAGACGAGUCAACGCCAGAGAAACGCACAGAAAAGAUCUUCAGGCAGAUGGACACGAAUAGAGAUGGUAAAUUGUCCCUGGAGGAAUUUGUGGAAGGAGCCAAGAACGACCCGUCCAUUGUGCGGCUGCUUCAGUGUGACCCGAGCAGCGCUGGACAGUAGACACCUGGACUUUUCAUUACUCUGUAUUUAAUGAAGCACAGUCCACGUCUCCCAGCUGACCCAGCACCACCCUGUCUGACAUCUGAUCAGCUGACCUUCAGAGGCACAUUUAGUGACACACAUCCACCGACACAUCGACCACACGUAACAGAACGUACUCCAGACGAACCCGAAGCUCAAAGCACAUAGAACCUGUCAGAAGCACAUCCUCUACAUGUGCCUCCAACAGCGUGGGUCCCACAUAUACGGUACAAAACACACAUGUGAAAGGACUCAGAUCUUACCAAGGACACGCUCAACACUGUCUCCAAGCCGUCUGAGAAGAGGAUCAUCCGGCCCAGGUAGUCCACAUCUAGACUCCUGAAUCCAGCCCAUUUCCACUUGGUAGUUGUUUUUAUUUUUUCCCAGUGAGAAUGGGAAUCCUGUUCGUUUGUUCUCUUUUAAAAUGACCAGGUGACGAUGGACAGACCGUCAUGAAGUAUUUCCAAUCCACACACUGACGUCUGGUACUCUAGACUAAGGCACGUUCAAAACUUACUGUACGGAUAUAGGCAGGAAGUCUGGGAAAUGUAGUUUGGAAACAGUGACAGCUUUAGAAGGGAUGAACACCUUUUUUCUUUUUCUUAUCGUAUAUUGUGGAGGAAUGUUACAUCAAGCCAAAACUGACUCAGAUUUCCAAAUGAAGGGGACAUUUUGACAAGAGAUCACAUCCAUUUAUUUGAAAGUGACUUUUUAUGCCAAGUUCUGUAUCCAUACACACAUACUUACACUCUGAACA